CUGAGUUCAUUGAGCCAAUGUGUAAAUGUGUGAGAGCAACUCUACUAGGACAGAUAGAGAAAGAAACACAAAAAACAUCCUUCGGCUACUUUUCAAGUCCAGACAAACUUUGCUGUGUCUUUCAAUUCUACAUGGACUUUUGAAUGGGAUUUAGGACUCAUUCAGGGACCCAUAGGACUCAUACCUCAAUAGGAUGGAGGUAUUUGAAACCAACAAGCAAAAACCUCUGCAAGAGAAAACCGGGAUAUCUGGGGAAUAAGGACACAUUCUUUCAACCCUGUAUGCCGAAGCAAUCUUUGACAAUAUAGCUGAAAGUGAAGAUGAGCUGGCUUUUUCCAAGGGUGACAUCAUCAUGGUGCUGGAUAAGAAUGUGGCAGGGAACACUGGCUGGUGGAAGUGCUCUCUACAUGGGUGUCAGGGCCAGGCACCGGCAAACCGCCUACGUCCCCUAUUGCCAGCAGAGGCUGAGAAACUUGGUAUUAACUUUGGUACUAAGAAGGACUCCUUGGGCAACCAAAGCCAUCAGAGCAUCUAUCAAACCCCUAAAGCUUCCAGGCUAUCACCCGCAAAUAACAUUUAUGAACCUAUGAAAGAAAUACAUGUAGUGCCCCUCCAACCCUUCCAUUCACCAGUUAAACACAUGGCAAGAGAUGAUCCUGAAGGAACAAGCUCUCCACAUGACGUAAGACACAUCAGCUAUCACAAUGUUUCAACUGCUCAUUGCAGAACUGGUGCAGACAUUUAUGAUGUUCCAAGCCUGGUGAGAAGAACCUCCAUGUUCACACCAUCUCCACUGCGACCUUUGCAAAGGAAUACAUCGCUGAUGUCAACCACAGAGGUUCAUAAGAGAUAUGAAAUUCUAGACAACACGAGAUGUCCAAAUGCAAUGAAAAUAAAUGCCUACACUAGACCACCGUUGGCUUCCCAAGACCCCAAUUAUGAAAUCCCAAUGCCCUUCAUCAGAGAGGAUAUUCAAAACCCUUCAUAUGAUUUUAGCACAAUGCCAAAACCUUGUAAGUCUGAAUGGAUCUACGAUGUGCCCGUGUUGCCACAAAAACAAUGCGGUGAAACUGGUCACUAUGACACCAUGCCACCUAAAUGUAUAAAUUCAAACAACCAGCUUUAUGACACUCUGCCUGCUCACGUUUGGCCUGAGAGGAAACAAAGUCUCAUCCAACCCCUCUAUGACAUCCCCAAACCAAGCAUGAAUGUGCAGUCUUGUACAGAUUCAUGCACCUAUGAUGUCCCACCGUGCCUGAGACAAACAGAGACCUCUGCACAUUCUGAACUGUUACCCAGACAGCAAAGACUUCCUGAAACUGCCUCUAACAAGAGCAAUGAGCCCCUUCAGUGCAUGGGUAAACCCGGAUACAUGAAUGACCAACUUUAUCGGCCCUCCAGGGCCAGGACAAUGUCUAGGCAACCCAUGGAAGGGGCAAUUAGAAGGGACGAUGACAAUAACAAAGACAGUCAGAGAAGCUCAACGGUGUCCACCUCCUCCACAGCCUCCAGCUCUUCCAGGAGCUCUUGCGACUCUUUCAUGCUGAGUUCUCCAGAGCCCGAGCGCUUGCGUGAGGUCAGCCUUUCUCCGGAGGAAGCUGGAAACAAGCUGCUUGAGCUGCAGGAAUCUGUGUGCCAAUCUGUGCCGAAGCUUAUGUUGUUCGUGAGCAGCAAAUGGAGGAGCAAAGAGCACCUGGGACAGCACCUCCAACAGAUCCGCGAAGCUGCCGAAGACGUGACCGACUCUGUCACCUGCUUCAUAAACUUCACCCUGGAUGUUAGAGGUAAUGCGCAAAGGUUGACAGACUCAAACCUGCAGACCAGGCUACUAAAGCAGCUCUCCAUUGUUGAGGACUCGGGUUUGAUCCUGCAGCAGGCGUCAGGUGCUCUGCGAGAUCUGGGUUGGCUGCUGGAAAGUCUGGCUCAGGAUGCAGGCCAGUCACAGACACCCGAUAACUUGGAGCGGUUUGUUAUGGUGGCUCGUACUGUACCAGAGGAUGUGAAGAGGUUGGUUUCCAUCCUGAAUGCAAAUGGCAAGCUUCUUUUCAGAGCGACUGCUAAGGAAACGGACAUGGUGGAGCACGUAGGCCUGUUGGACAGGAAAAGUCUCAGCAAAAGUGAUCCGAUGGUGGACUCUGGAAUAGAUGAGAGUGAUUAUAUACAGCUUCAGACAAACACAGAGUUUAACCAACAGCUGAAAACAGUAAAGGGCAGCUUAAAAUCAAAGAGACAUGGUGAUACUUUGAAAAAACAGGUCUCAAUAUCACAGUCCAUUAGCCCCUGCAGGAAGCCUUCAAUCUCUGAUCACUGCCGCCUAUAUUUUGGAGCUAUUCAGAAGGCCAUCGGCGUGUUUUUAAGUAGUCUUAACGACGGCCAGCCCCCUGAGAAGUUCAUUUCCCACAGUAAGCUGGUCAUUAUGGUGGGCCAAAGACUUGUAAACACUCUGUGUGGUGAAGCUAAGUGUAGAGAGGCCAGCCGGGAAAUGUUAUCUAUGAGCAACCAGCUGUGUGCCCAUCUCAAGCAACUGGCCGUGGUCACUAAGAAGGCAGCUUUAAACUUCCCAGACAAAACAGCUCUCCAAGAGGCACAGCACAUUGCCAAAGAGCUGGCUCAGAGGGCACAGCACUUCAGAAUGUCACUGGACGUCUGAGUGGAAGUUUUGUCACCUGUUUGUCCAGUUUAUGUUUGCAUCAUAUGGAGGUGUGCUGGAGGAGGUAAUUCUAUUUGUGGAAUAUCUGAAUACAAUAUGUGUGAUUUGUAUGAAAGUGUAAACCAUUCACAGAAUUGCUUUGUUUUUGUUUUUUAACGUAUUAGUCUGUAUGAGGAGGCAGUGUUGAAAGUAACAAGGGGACCACUGAUAAUUAUAACUUUAAAUAAUGACACUGAUAAUGACAUAGCAUUGAGUGUGCUAUUUGUUGCUGUGUAGAUUUUAAAAACUGUAAUUUAGUAAGAAUCUAAAAAGGAUUGCAUUAUUUGACCUAUGCAUGCAUAUGUAAGUGUAUGACUUACUCACCUGGCCAAACCUCAUUAAAUCACUCAAGCUAAAAUUGCACUUUUAUUAUGCCCAACAUUUUUUAAUCAAAUUACAAAAUGUAUGUAGAUGACUAUAUGCGUAACUGUUUGUACAAUAAUGGAAAAUUCAUUGUUUUGGAAAAAUGUUAAUAUUUUCAGUAUUCGGACAAUACCCCCCACACACACACACCCUAUCCUAACAUGCCAUCAUAUUUGUGAAAUGAUUUCUUCUUGACACCA